AUGGCUCUAAUACAUAAUUAAAAUGACUUAUAAAAUAUGUUUAGUAAGGCAGGCAAAAUAACUUCUGAAAAAUAUAUUGUAUUCCAACACAGAGACGAUCAUCCUGUUAAAAAAUUCAGCACUCCACAACCAAGCAAAUCUCCUGACUUGAAUAAUAAGAAUGCCCUUUCUCAAUAGGAAUCACUUAACGAAGCCGAACAAAACCAUUUAAAGCAUCUCCUCAGAAUGUCCUAACCUUUCACCAAAUAGAUCUCCAGAAAAGUCGGUCAUUACACCUAAAUAGGAAACAAUUGCAAAGCAUCCUGUGGACAAUAUCAUAUCAAAUAUAGUGAACUCGACAAAGCCGUGCAUUCAGUUCCACAUUACGAUAAGACUUUGAAACACACCAUUCCUGUCGAAGUUCCUCAUAAACAUCAAUAAGAUUUACCUCAAGAGUAAGUUCCCUUAUUACUACCGUAGUACUCCCUCCAUUGUCGAGAAACCUAAAUUCAAAUACGAGAGUUUUGUAGAUCUGCAAAGACAAAUACCAAGGUUUGUUCAUCUCUCUAAAAUAGAGCUGAUAUCUUCUCAGGAAGACCCAAUCCUCACCCGGAUCGAUUUCAGUUCUUAAAUGUAACCAACCAGUGGAGUAAGAUACCGAGAUAACCGUAAAUUAAAUUGGAAAAGUAAUUAUCCAGAGAUCAGAUGUUGAUUUAUAAAAAGAAAGAGUUUGCACCCGAUUAUAAACCUAAUUUUGAGUUCGGCAAAAAGUAGUUGGGCAGUUGUGGAGCACCCUUCUACAAAUUGGAAUAAAGAAAGGACAUUUUGACUAAGAUACCUCCCUAUAAUUUUGAAAGUUACUUUGAAUAUGAUUAAUAUUCAAAACAACCUAAAAGUCAAUUGUUCACUUCUCCAACAGCACCUAAUUUUAAAACCAUGUUAGACAGAGAAUGUGAUCAAAAAUCCCUUUUGCCUAGUUUCAUGCAAAAAUUUACUAAUACUAGAAUGGGUAUUACACAUUUAAAUUAAAAAAUGUUGGAAGUCAAUAACUUUAAGGAUGGAAGAUUCCUAACAGUCACAUCAAGUUUUAUGCCAACGAAGUAAAAACAGUCAAAACAGACUCAAAAUUAAUCAAGUUAAAACUAAUCAUUUGAUGAAAUUUGA